ACGAGCCUUCUGGGAGGGGAAUCUGUCCUGCAGCGUGAAAGCAGCGCAGCACAUUGUGUUCCUCUUCCUACCUCCCAAACAACACAGAUUUAAGGGUGAAGUCAUGAGUGCAGAAACACACACUUGUUAUGAAGGCUGCAAUGUCAACAUCUUUCAGUUCUACCUGGAAAAGUCCGGCGAGCACGCAGCCAUCGUCAAGGGUCUGCAAAAUGUCCUGCCUGCAGAAUUUCAAAGAAUUGGAGCUGGUAAAAGCAGUCUGGAUGUUCUUGGUGUUGGGAGUGGGGGAGGUGAGGUGGAUAUUCAGAUACUCUCACUUCUGCAGUCGGCCUUCCCUUCUGUUCCCAUAACCGCUGACAUUGUGGAGGGCAGCUCUGAGCUCACAGCCAACUUCAAAGCUUUGGCAGCCAAGACUGCUGACCUUAAGAAGAUCCAGUUCUCUUGGCACAUCAUGUCCAGUGAGGACUACGAGAAAGCAAAGGGAGGCAUAAAGAAAUUUGACUUCAUACACAUGAUCCAGAUGAUCUACUAUGUAAAGAGCCUGGCUGAAAGUAUCAAGUUUCACCAUGAGCUCCUCAAAAACAAUGGCAGGCUCAUGAUCAUUGUUGAAGCAGCCAACAGUGGUUGGGACAUCCUGUGGAAGACUUACAAGAAGGAGCUGUGUGUUGGAAGCAUCACCGAGUACCGUUCAUCUGGAGAGAUCAUUUUCUGCCUCAAGGACCAAAGCCUUACAUUCGAGGAACAUCCGGUUCCCAACAGCUUUGACAUCACAGAAUGCUUUGACCGGAGCAGCGUAACUGGAGAACGUCUGCUGAGCUUCAUGACAGGAACAGAGCACUUCUAUGAGUCCUUCAGCCCAGAGGUCAGAGCAGGCAUCCUGGACAUCCUCAGAAACAAGUGCAGCACUGAAAAAGACGGCAGGUCUUCAACAGCAACCUAACCUGCAUUUUUGUUCAUGCUUAAGUUUCCUGACAAAUAUGCUCUUCUGUGCAUUUUAUGUCUUUUUGUUCAGCAUGUUUGCCUUUUAGAACCAAUAAACUCUAAAUGGGUAAAUUCA